AUGCUCGCCCUCACACCGGUCGUCGCCCUUCUGGGCUUCCUCUCCUCCGCAUCCGCAACCGCCCUCACGUACAAAAUGUCACCAAACGAGAAGGAGUGCUUCUACAGCCACGUAGAACAGGAGGGCGCCAAAAUCGCAUUCUACUUUGCGGUACAGAGCGGUGGUGAAUUUGACAUCGAUUACACAGUCUACGGCCCGGACAAGCAACCAGGCAAGGAGCGUGUAUUUCUCAGCGGCGAGAAGGAGCAACAAGGAGACUAUGUCUUCACUGCCACUUCAAAGGGAGAGUACCGUUUCUGCUUCGACAACAGCAUUUCCACAUUUUCGGACAAGGUCGUGGACUUUGAGAUUUCAGUCGAGAACGAGUCCCCACGAGCAUCUCUUCCACAAAAAGCAGGAGCUAGCAGCGAGCAAUUGGGCGGCGUAGAGGAAUCUAUCAUGCGCCUCUCAGGACAAGUCUCUACCUUGACAAGACAGCAAAAGUACUUCCGCACCCGUGAGAACAGGAAUUUCAGCACUGUUCACAGCACAGAAGCUCGGAUAUUCAACCUCAAUUUGAUGGAGACUGGGCUUAUGAUUGCCAUGGCUGCUCUGCAAGUCUUUGUCGUGAAGAUGUUCUUCACGGGUGGACGUAAAGGUUACGUUUGA